AAAGAUACUAGAACAACAGAGAGCGUGAGAGAGAGGUAAACGUGAACGUGAACAACAAAACGAGUGAAUAAUAGUAACAUAAGGAAAGUUGACAGAAGCCAUUUUGUUGCAUUUUAUUUGGUGUUUAGUGUAGUAUGUAGUAUCGAUGGACUCAUACAAGUAGUUUAAAUUAUUGUGAAAAAGUGUUAAUAAUGUGAUGGUGGUCAAGAACCUGGUGAAUACUUGCCGACGUGAACGUGGACUUAAAAUCUCAACCGUGUUGAACUUUGGACAAUACCCAUUGUAGUCCUACUAGUUCUAGCCUAUCGAAAGACAAAUAGUUACUUUUUGUCUUGAUUCACACAUUACAAAACGUUAUAAUUAUCUUAUGUGUGUGAUGUAUAUAAAUGAAAGUAUGCAUAUAUAGUAAUUGUUGUGCCAUCAAGUUUAUGGAUAGGGACUUAAUUUCUAAUAUGUAGUCACAACAAACAGCAAACUAUUGUGGUAACUAACACAUUUCCUGCCCAUGGAACUGACUAUUGAAUAUUACCUAAGUCUGCCUGUAAUUAAUUUUGGUUUAUAUCUUUGUACUAAAGGUAUGCUACCUAGAGACCAAGAGGCCUAUUUUAGUAUUUAGUCAAAGUUUCCGUUGUACAAAAUAGAGCUAGAUCUCAACCUUUCAAGAUGUCGAGUGAAAAGCCAAGGUGUAGACUUUGUAUGCAUCAUAAACCAUACCUUGCAACAUUAUUUAGACGCAGUCUUUCAAUGAAAGUAAUGGAAUUAGCGGAUGUUCAGGUCAUGGAAAAUGAUGGAUUGCCGACAGUCGUAUGCAUUGACUGUGAGAACGCUGUUGAAAAGUGCUACAGUUUCAGGACUCAAAUUCAGUGGGCAGAUAAAAAGUUUAGAGAAGAAAUGUCAGUUUCUUUGGUGGAAGUGGAGGAAUGUAGUAUUAAAGAAGAGCAUGGAGAUUUUAUGGAAGAUGAUUCUGAUUUACAUAGUGACAGAGGCCACAAUGAUGAUGCUGCAAAGGGCACUGGUGAUAAGGGACAAGAUGGACCUGUCAUUCCUCUGAAUCAUGUUGAAGUGAUGGAAACAAUCGAGACUGGAAAUCAGGUUCAGAUGAUUGAUGAUCCUCAGGGCCAAGCAGAACCAUUGAUUGAAGCACCUUUUGCUGCAAAGGAAGAGGAACGUGCCAUGGAUCCACUGAUUUGCACUAAAGAGGAAGAUGUAUCGAUGGAGAGUGAUACCAAUAGUGCAACUUCAGCCCCUGCCUCUACAUCAGAUUUCCCGGUUAAGAGAUCAAUGCCUGCAAGUUCAUUCAGUAUUCCAUCAGACAUUGGACCAAUCAACAAAUCAGGAGUCAAGACAUUUCUACAGAACCACCAAGGCAAUUCGACAUUGCAUAUUGAAUCUAAACAAAAUUCUUCCUUAAGUACAGACUCGUAUGUUGCUAAGUCAGAAUCAUUAGUUCCAGGUGGUGUAGAUAUUUCUACAUUUGAUUGUACUGGUUUGACAGGGUUUCCAGUGAAUCGGUUAAAGUCCUGUGAGAAUGCAGACGUAUUAUCAGGCUUAAGUGUUUCGUUAAACAAUCCUCUAGCAAAUCAUCUUCACACUCUGUGUAAAACUAGUAACGAAAUGUCACCUGUAGAUGUUGAGGAAGUUUGUCCAUCUAACAUUUCAAAGGAUAAUAGUAGACUUAGGUCUAAUAAUAAAUGUAAAAAGCAAGUCAGAGUGAAAUCAAAGAAAAAUAAACUUAAUCAUAAAUAUCAAGGGAGUUUACCAUUGAGGACUGACGAGCAUGCCUCAGAAACUUUACCACAAUUAAAAGUAGAUCAAAAUAAAUCUGCUGUUAGUGAGACAGAUGAAAGUAAUAACACAACAAGAGGUUCGUUCUGUAGGGUCUGCUACGUGGAGUGUGGCAGUCUGGAGCUGUUACAGGAACACAUUGAGAGGAACGAACUUAUGAUCUGUCGAGUGUGUACUGCAGAGUUCAACAGCCACAAAGAACUCGAAACUCAUUUCUUUACUCACAAAAAGUACAAUUGUAAGAUCUGCCAAGAGAGGUUUUCUGAUAAGAAAAGUCUUUUGGAUCAUAGGAAAACAUCAGUGAGUUGCAGUUAUCAAGAGGAAUGCAAAGCUUGUGGUAAACAGUUCUUCAGUAAAAAAUACCUAGACAGACAUAACUUAAUAUUCCAUAACAAGAGUGGUGGACUGUUUAAGUGUGUAGUCUGUGGAAAUGGCUUUGUUCUUCUAGAGAAACUGAACCACCACUUGCAAACUUGUCACAAUGCUUACGUAAAAGUAGAAUGCAGUACUUGUCAAAAAUGGUAUCUUGGACCAGAAAAGUUGAAGAUGCACGUAAAAGCAGCACAUCUAGAUUGCAACAAGGAACGUGACGCUGUUUGUUCAAUUUGUGAAAAGCGAUUCUCAAAUGUUCAAAACCUGAAGCAACACAUGGAAACUCAUGACGCUACAGAUUGCUUGUGUGACAUCUGUGGUAAAUCUAUUAAAGGGAAAUCUGCAAUGAAAAGACACAUGCAGUACGAGCAUUCUAGAUCCGGUACAUUUGUAUGUAAAAGUUGUAAUGAACAGUUUGAUAUGGAGGUGAAAUUGAUGAGACACAGAAAAAAGGUUCACUCAAAACGAGCAAUCCCUCUUCCAGUCUUUUGUGAAAUGUGUGGUAAAGAAUACAAAUCAAAAGCGAUUUUGAAAAAUCACAGACUUACUCAUUUUGACGAAAAACCCUUUGAAUGUGAAAUUUGUGGUGCUUCAUUCAAACAACAAAGCACUCUAAAUACUCACAGAAGAGUACACAAUAGCGAGGGUAAAUUCCGGUGCAAUAACUGUGAAAUGACUUUCAAGUGGAAACAUGUAUACGCCAGGCAUGCAAAAAAAUGUGUGGGCGAAGGAUGAAAAUGGUAAAUAAAUAUGUAGGUGUAAAUGGCAGCAUGAUAGCUUUUACUACUUGAAGUAGACUAAACCCUCUGCAGAGUUGGGCAACACUUAAUGGUCAUAAUUUGUCUGUAAUUUUGUGAGUUGGAUAUUUUCUGUCCCUUGAUAGGUUGAUCUGUCUUUCAAGUUCUGUAACCACCCCUCCAUCAUUAUAGAUGAAAUUUAGGGCUUGAUAUUCCUAAAAAGAUUCAAGGUUUUUGUUUCCAUCCUGGGCUGUUUUAAUAUGUAUUCUUUAAAGUUAACCAUCUUGGAUUUUUCAGGUGAUAAAUAAAGAAUAUUUAUUUGAUCGAUACUAAUUCUCAAAAUCACAAGUACUAUUCAGAAACUAACUCCAUUUGGUUAUAUAAUAAUUAAUUAAAUUCAUGCAGUUUGUGCAAACUAUCUAUCUACUUGUAUGUAUAAUUUGUGUAUAACAUUAAGUUGUAGUCUGACUUACUAGUAUUUCUGUUGGAGGACCAUACAAUUCACCUAUUAAUCCCAAUGGGUUUUCAGAUCAUCCAAGUGCUUUCGAAUUUAGAGUAGAAAGUUUACUUACUCAUAGUUCAAAUUCGCUUGAUAUAAAACCAUAUACAUUAUAUGUAGAAUAGUUUGAUAAUUCAUAUAGUUUUCUGAGACUUCGUCAUUCUAAUUUUUAUCAAUGCCAUCAUCAGUAACAGAUUAUCGACAUCUCAUUCUUUAUUUCAGAUAUUGGUAUGUUCUCUCUCCAUAGAUAAAGCAACAAUGUUACAUUCUUUUAACAGAUUAUGUUGCCACCAAUAUUUGCACAACGUAUUGUUGACGAUAAAAAUAUGCCAGCCUUAAAUUGAAGCACGCUUGCAAAAUUUGUAAAUUGUAUGAAAGAUUGUCAGCGAGAGUUCUCAUUGGCAGGACUAGUCAGUAUUGAUAUAAACUAAACUAGAUAUGAAACUACUCAGCUUGGAGCAUAUCAAGUGAUGAGUCGUUUUUGACUGACCUUGUAUUACGUAUAAUUUGAAAAUGCUUUUACUGCAAUAUAAAAAAACUCGUUUAACAUAAAACACAAAUUAACGUACACUAGGGACAUGAUUAUACAUGGAUGAAUAUUUAUUUCCCAAUAAUACAAAUUAAAAUAGUAUCUUACUUUAGAUUUUUAACUAAAACAUAGAUAAAUGUAGUAAUUAUGUAUAAAAAAAAUACAAAAUCAUAAACAUAAAUAUUUUACUGGAUACAGUUCUAUGAAAUUAAUGGGACCAAGUCUAUUUCACAUAUUCUAAAUUUUGGGUAAGACAGACUUGAAUAAAAAAAGAACUUGCUUAUGGUUAGUAUUGAAUUUUAAGAAUUGAAGUUAAUGUUAUGUGCCUACAGCAAGAAUUAGCACUUGUUAUUUAUAUAUGUGGAAUAUAAUCACUUCCUAAUGGAAAGCAAGGUAUAACAUAACAACAUAUACAGUAUAGUAGUUAAACAUUGUUAUGUAGGAAAGUUUACAAAGUCACGCACAUUUCAACACAAUAAUAUUCUGGUGUAAGCAAGGAAACAUCGCUAUGGCCAAAAACACAAGCCCGAGUUCUAGCAACAAUCAUAUGUGACGCUCACUGCAUUAAUACUUACGAAAAAUAUCUGGAAGUCAGGCGGAAUGAUUUACGUGCAGUAGUAAUGUAUAAAGCAAUUAAUUGUUUCAGUUCAGUAAAUUUCUGUCUUUAAAUGAAUUUAUUCCAGUAGCGACAGGAUUACGAAAAAAAUCUUAAGUGCUGUGGAUAACCCAGAACAUUUGAUAACCACAUUUUGGUAAUAGUGUCCCCACUGUAUUAUUGUAUCACUUAGAAUGUUUUAAUAAGCACACACAUAUUAAUGCUGUUCAGAUUAUACAAGUGGAGAUUUCAAUCAGACAAGCUUAAGUCUAAGAAUUAAGCGUACAAGGUUAUGUAGAAAAAGCUUUAAAUUAAAUGUCUUACAUGACUAAGAAGAUAAUAUUAUUUAUGGAAUAAUAUUAUGUGAAAUGUAAUUAUAAAAUAUAUGUAAAUCAUAAAUGUAAUAAAAUAUCAUUUAUUACCAAUGUAACACUGUAUUUUAUCUUAAGCUUCUGUUUUAGUGGGUACUGUUGAUACAUUAUGUACAAACACUGUGUAUUAAAUUAUGACUGUUUAAGAACAAUUACUGAAAUAUAUUAGUACUGGAGGUACUAUAAAGAUA